AUGCGUUCUGCCUCUGCCCUAGGGAAGUAUAGAGGAGUACCUUUCAAUUUUCAAGCUACCCCCGGCCUAGCUUCACUUUCCCCUGUCAAAACAAAACUCACCUCCAGAUUCUUGGCACGAUUUAAAAUAGGCUAUUACAGUUCCCUGGUUGUCUCUAUGCUAUGCCUUACAGUUGCGUCUGAGACGAUAGAUUGGAUUCUAGUUGAUCACCUCAAAUCCAUAUACGUUAAGAAUGUUACCUACAAAUCAAAACAUUCAUCGGAAUCGUGUCAGUAUCGAAUUCUGCGCAAAGGGUACAUUCUAUUAGUUAGUAUCAAGGCUGGAAAUGCGGAUGAUCCGAUUGAAUUGGAAAUGAAUCAUGUCAAAUUUCACUCAGUGACAAUCUAUGGGGAUCUUCCUCCGUUCUUCCCAAAUGUGCCUACGUAUGAAGUUCUGUCAUAUACAUGGGGCGAAUGUAUAAGAAGGAUACCGUGUAUGUCAUUUUUUGGUCAUUUUGUUUAUCAUUUGCAUUUCCUGGUUGUGUAUCCAUCUACUCGGAGUUGGCAUAGUGCUUGGCAAGUGCUAAAUGGUGCCAAUGAGUCGAAUGGCUGGUACCUUGUAGAAAUAUGUACAGAAUACAAAAGUUUACAAUAA